UUUUUUGCCAUUUUAAAUUUUUAAUUUGCUUCACUGGAUUUUAACACCACUGUUUGGAAAAAGAAAUCGACAAGAAUGUCCUCGGAGGUAGAUGUACGUUCUCGUGACAAACUUGCAGACAUGGUAAAUCCUGGACUCUUCCUCAAUAGGAUAACACUGGGACGCGACGUGAAUCAGCAAUGGCCGCAAGUAUUGGCAGCCGUUACCAUUUCCUUAUACGCAUUCUUUAUUGGUGUGUCGUCCUGCUGGAUGUCUCCAUCAAUACCAAAACUGAUUCAAAGUGAUUCAUACAUCCCGAUGACGUUCGAAGAGACCGCUAAUUUUGGAAUUCUGAAAUCACUGAGUAUGAUAAUAUUCAGCUUCGUAGGAGCUUUCGUUGGAGAUGUCAUAGGUCGGAAGAAAACGUCAUACGUCGUUUCUAUGUCGCAACUGAUCUCAUGGUUAUUCAUCGUUUUCGGAAAGAACACCGCUAUGCUUUACACGUCGAGGAUUAUAUCAGGAAUAUCGGACUCGUUCAUGCUCUUUUCACUUCCCUAUUACGUUGCUGAAACGACCGAAAAACACAUUAGAGGUCGUCUGGGAAUUUUGUUGACAGUCUGCUUCUCCCUGGGAACGCUUACCAUCAACAUCAUUGGAUAUUAUCUCACUAUUCCAUCAACAGCCAUGAUUAUGGCCAUUGCUUGUUUGGUACACUUUUUAAUUUUUGCACUGAUGCCAGAAUCGCCUUACUGGUUGAUACAAAGGAACCGUCCAGACGAAGCGAGACAGCAGUUGCAACUUCUGAGAUGGAGAGACGAUGUCGACAAAGAAUUCGCCGAAAUUUCAGAAGCCGUGCAGAAGCAAUGUGUCGAAAAAGGCUCUUAUAAAGAUCUGUUUACCGUCAAAUACAACAGGAAGGCUCUAAUCAUUACCUUGGUAGUAAGGAUUGCUCAACAAUUAUCGGGAUUCUCAGCAAUGAACGGUUUCAUGCAGUUCAUCUUUGAUGAAUCCGGUGGAAACAUCCCACGACACGUUUCAGCGUCCAUAUGUGCAGUGGUAUCUGGAAUAGCAUCCCUAAAUGUUGCCUUCAUCAUAGACAGAUACGGCAGAAGGCCUUUAAUGUUACUAUCUGGUACUGGAUGCUCCAUCCUGUUGUUCUCUAUAGCUUUAAUCUUUCAUUUAAAGCUCUCUUACCAUAUUUUCAUAAUCGACUGGUUGCCUCUAAUGUUCAUGUUGUUGUACAUCACAGCGCAAUCCGUAGGCUUCGCCAUGAUACCUAACAUCACUUUGGGUGAAUUAUUUUCGGUCCAUAUGAAGUGCAAAGCUGGGCUAGUUGUCACGGUAACUCACGGGGCUGUAAGAAUGUCCACCACAAAAAUAUUCCAGGUUAUGGUAGACAAUUUCGGACUUUAUUCCCCGUUCUUGUUCUUUGCCAUUUGCACGACAAUUAUGACAGUGGUAGUUUAUUACACUUUUAUAGAAACGAAAAACAAAACCCUGGACGAGAUACAGACCAUGUUAAAAGGCAAGAGAUAAUAAUUAUGGAAAUGACCUGGACAAUUGAAUGCAUUAGAAAACGCUAUUCGAAGUAUAGUUACAUUUGAUAAAAAAUGGUGGAUCUAGAAGUAUACAUUUCGUGACGUUCCACGAACAUUCAAGUUAACUAUUUAAACUACAAGUACAUAUUAAGAAGACACAGAUAAAAUAAUUUCUUUUU